GGUGGGGGGAGCGGGUAAGACUGUCUGUGUGAUUGCAGCCAUGGUUAAAGAUGAAAUUUACUGCGAUAUUUUAACCUGUUUUGCCUAUCUCUCUAUACAUUUUAGCGGUCAUUGUGGAUCCCCUUUGUUGGAGCAGCUAAUUUGGCAAAUACGAAGGUAUUAUGAAAAGUAUGAAGAUGGCAGAUGAAAAAGUUACGUUACCUUUGUUUCAAGGGUCUUUGCUAGUUUGGCUGGGCCGUUUAUUCGUAUUGGCCAUCAUGCUCAUUGACCCUUGUUUUCUAUUAACUCACUUACGUAUUCUCUAUUUCCUGGGUGUGAGUGAGAGUGAGAUAGAGAGAGAGAAAGUCCGGCAUUGACCAUAACUUACCCGC